AUGUACGGUCGCCCACCUACUGGUUCUCUAGCAAACCGUCCUGGAAGCCGUGUUGGGACUUCAUCAUGUAAGCCUCCUGCAACAGUGAAUAGAAACCCACAGACACGACCAGGAACUGCUGCUCGAGUUAAUGUCGUUGAUAGACCUACAACACAACAGGGUUUGGCAGGUGUACGCGGUAAACCUCAAGGUCAAGGCCGGAUGGUACAAGAUGUAACAUUUUUCCAAACCGAACUUCGUCAAAAAAUGAAUCUUCUCACCCAAGAGAUCUAUCGUAUAGCCUCCGAAGCAGAUACGGCCACCAAAGAAAAUAGCAACUACGCCACAUUUGAAAAGCGGGCCGAUUCACUUGCGGAAGAACUCAAGGAGGUUCAAGGGAAAUUAGGCGAUUUAAACACGUUGGUAGACAAACUUCAUACAGAUACAGAUUUAGAAGAACUUGAGCAUCAAUACCAUCAACUACAAGCUAAAAACCAACGCGAGUUGCAAGUUUUGGAUGAAAUAUUUAUGCAGCGGCAACAACACGAGAGUUCUAUCCGAGAUAUCGAGAAUCAAAUAGCAGAAGAGCAACAAAAAGCAGAAGAUCAGAUCAAUACUCUAGAUCCAGUAAAACGGCUUGAAUAUAACAAACUCAAGAAUGAGAAUGUCAAAUUCCUCACCAACAUUGAGUCGGUUCAGACAGACAUUGAACAACAAACUCAUCGUGUUCAAAAACUUCAAUUGGAGCUUGAAAUGGACCCAAUCAAGCAAAAAGCCGUUUCACUUCACGAACGUCUCAAUGAAGCACGCGAUAGAAAACGGGAUUUGGAAGAGUCGCUUAGAAUGGCCGAUAAAGAGUCUGGACCACAGGAAAAAGCUCGGCUGCUAGAGCAAGUUCGUGAAGACAAUCUCGAGACAUCUGGGAUGGAUCGCAAAAUUUUAGAACUGGAUGACCAAGUUCACAAACUUCGUGAUCAAAUAUUACAAGCUGAUGCGGAACUUGAUCCAGCACAUGAAGAACGAAAUGCAAAAUACGAGGAACUUUUAAAACGUGACCGAGAGAUGCAAUUGUUUUUGGAUAGUUUUGAUGAAAAGCGACACAAAUGUGUUGAAAAAGCCCAAGAUGCUGAAGCUACCAUUGUUACGCUUUUGAAGAACAUCAAGACACUUUCCAAAAAAGACAUGUCCAACCUUCCUAAUGCGGAUGGCUUUAAAGGACUUCAAGGAGAUUUGGAAUUUAAAGAAAAAGAAAUGCAAAAUUCUGAAAAUACUGCAGAUGCCUUGGUGAUUGAGCGUGAUCGAAGAAUACAGGAUCUCGAAAAAGUAGGGCAGUUGGAAACCAAACUCAAUGCCGAACUCAAACACCUUCGAGAAAAGAUCCAAACCAUGACAGACGAAAUGGCUAGAAUUGGCAGUGUAGAGUCUAUUAAGCGCGAAGCAGAAAUUUCUAGAGCGCGCAAUACAGCGGAGCGAGAGGAUCUGCAGUAUAGGCGCGAUAUGCUUCGAGGGACUAUUCAAGCUCUUACAACUCGAUACGAGGCAAAAAAAGCACAACUUAAUGAGAACGAGACAUAUACUCAACUUGGUGCACUGGAGCAGAGAUUGCGUCAUCAUGAAGGCAUUACGUUUGGACUCAAGGACUAUAUUGCAUCCAAAAUAGCCGAAAGUGAUUAUAAGCCGUUGAAACAGGAGGCUAUUUCACGCAUGUAUGAAAUCAAUUCUCAACUGCUCAAGCUAAUGUCUCUCCCACCAGCCCGUUAA